CUCCGCGGCACCGGGCGGCACAGGGACAGCGGGGAGGGAAGGACCUGGCCCCCGUGGUGCUGGGGGAGCUGACACCGCCGCCGCCAGCAGAGCAGCCCGGCUUUGGCCAUGAAGAGGAAACAGAAGAGGUUUCUGCAAAUGACGCUGCUCUUCACCGCGGCUCUGAUUUUCCUGCCUGACAUCGGCCUCUGGUCUCUCUACAAGGAGAAGCACCUGGUGAAGCCGCCCGAGCCCGCCGAGCCGCAGACACUUCCAUUGGGGCUGGGAGAUGGACAGCUCUUUACCUGGACUGAUGGCUUAAAAAGGAAGGACUGGCAUGAUUAUGAAAGCAUUCAGAAAGAUGCUAUGCGUUCAGGAAAAGGUGAACAUGGGAAGCCGUACCCUCUUACAGAGGAAGACCACGAUGAUUCUGCUUAUAGGGAAAAUGGCUUCAAUAUAUUUGUUAGCAACAAUAUAGCACUGGAACGAUCACUGCCAGACAUCCGACAUCCUAACUGUAAGCACAAGGUGUACUUGGAAACACUACCAAAUACUAGCAUAAUUAUCCCAUUUCACAAUGAAGGCUGGACUUCACUCUUGAGAACAAUACACAGUAUUAUCAACCGCACUCCAGACAGCCUGAUAGCAGAAAUCAUUCUGGUGGAUGACUUCAGCGACAGAGAACAUUUAAAAGAGAAGCUGGAGGAAUACAUGGUCCGUUUUGCCAAAGUGAGGAUUGUACGAACCAAGAAACGAGAAGGGCUCAUUCGAACCAGACUGCUAGGAGCCUCACUGGCUAGAGGAGAAGUCUUGACAUUUCUGGAUUCCCAUUGCGAAGUCAACGUGAAUUGGCUGCCUCCCUUGCUUAACCAGAUUGCACUUAACCACAAAACCAUCGUGUGUCCUAUGAUCGAUGUCAUUGACCACAAUCACUUUGGCUACGAGGCACAGGCGGGGGAUGCCAUGCGAGGAGCUUUUGACUGGGAAAUGUACUACAAAAGAAUACCGAUUCCUCCAGAGCUCCAGAGAGCUGAUCCCAGCGACCCCUUUGAGUCUCCUGUAAUGGCUGGAGGUCUAUUUGCUGUUAAUCGGAAAUGGUUCUGGGAGCUGGGAGGCUAUGAUCCAGGAUUAGAAAUAUGGGGAGGAGAGCAGUAUGAAAUCUCCUUUAAGGUGUGGAUGUGUGGAGGUGGCAUGUAUGAUGUUCCAUGCUCUCGAGUUGGACAUAUCUACAGGAAGUAUGUCCCAUAUAAAGUCCCUUCUGGAACCAGCCUAGCACGGAACCUGAAGCGCGUGGCAGAGACAUGGAUGGAUGAGUUUGCAGAGUACAUUUACCAGCGACGGCCCGAGUACAGACAUCUCUCAACUGGUGAUAUCUCUGCCCAGAAAGAGCUGCGCAAGCACCUGAAGUGUAAAGAUUUCAAGUGGUUCAUGGCUGCAGUGGCCUGGGAUGUCCCAAAAUAUUACCCUCCUGUGGAACCUCCACCUGCUGCCUGGGGGGAGAUUCGAAACGUGGCAGCCAACCUCUGUGUGGACAGUAAACACGGAGCCACAGGGACUGAGCUGAGGCUAGACAUCUGUGUGAAGGAUGGCUCGGAGCGAACGUGGUCACAUGAACAGCUCUUCACCUUUGGUUGGAGAGAAGACAUCCGCCCUGGGGAGCCACUGCACACCAGGAAGUUCUGCUUCGAUGCCAUUUCGCACAGUAGCCCUGUCACACUGUAUGAUUGUCAUGGGAUGAAAGGAAACCAGCACUGGAGCUAUAGGAAGGACAAAACUUUGUUCCAUCCGGUAAGCAGCAGCUGCAUAGAUUGCAACCCAGCUGAGAAGAAGAUUUUCAUGAACAGAUGUGAUCCUUUAUCUGAAACUCAACAGUGGAUUUUUGAACAUAUUAAUAUGACUGUUUUAGAAAAAUUUAACAGCAAGGCCAGUUCCUAGAAAGAAAAAAAAAAAAAAAAGAAAAAAUGAACACACCUAUUUACGUACAGACUGCAGACUACGUUUUCGCCAGCAUCUGGGUCAGAGGAGUCAGGAAUUAAGUUUCCUAGAUACAGGAAAUCUGUUCUGAGGAUUAAGAAAAUGCCACAGCAAGAGCCAGCAGGCUGUCCUUGUGGAUGUACAGUAUCUGGAGAACUUGGCCAAGAGCCUCACCGGAUGCUGCUGAGAACUUCAGGCUGAAAAUUCCCUUGCUGGUCAAGGGAAAAACUUUGUUUAAAAACUGUUUAAAAGUACUCCAAGUUAAUAAAGUAAAACAAAACUCUAGUUUCUCAGGUCAAAUCCUGCUGUAGUGAGUAGCUCAGAACAGGCACUAUAAUUUGGGAUGGGUAUAUGGUGUGCAUGACAGCUACAGGAACCUGAAGAAAUCCCAGGUUUUAGAACUAAACAUGCUGGUAGAAGAAAAAUGAUGUCCCAGCACUCCCUAAACAAGAUAUAUGCUCUGUUGAUAUUCUCUUAAUAAAAAGUUGGGUUAAGCAGGUUUAACCCUCAGAACUGCUGCAAUUAAUUUUAAAUACCUCCCUUUUACAUUCCAUUCAUUACCAAAAUAGGAAUGGUAGAAAUUUUAGGGUCUAGAAUUACACUGUAGUGAAGCAUGGAAUAAGCUGUAAGGUUUUGCUCUCAUAUUUUCCCCUUCAGGAAAAAAAAGUAAAGCAAUCAAAUCUCUAUACAUGAUAUAUUUAGCCAUUGUGAUUCAAACCCCAUUGUCACAUAAAGUGAGGGGUUUUUUUUAGUGACAGAUAUAACAGCAGCAGCUGCAGCAUAGUGGAAGGCUCGUGGACUACCUAUCUUUUCUAAAGGUAGAAUCCUUACCAAUAUAUAAAUUAAAUUGAAAAUAGGCUGGGAAAAAAAUCAGGAGAGUAGGAAAUAAUUGCAUACUGCAUGCUGAACUAGAUUAGUCAAAUUAACAUUGGUGUGCUGCCAUCACCUAAAAGUAUGUUGACUCCCUGCAGUGCAACUUGAAAGAUCUUGCAGUGCUCUUGACAGAUAGGAAUGGAGAGAAAAAUUGACAUGAAAUCAGUUGGGUGGUUUCAGAGGCUUUGAAAUCUGUGAUGGAAAUCAUGUAAACUUUGCAGAGUUACCGAGUGGUAUUGUAGAUGUCAUGAGGGAACAAACAAGGAGUGCAAAUAAGUUAAAUGUUACAAUAUUUUGGUACUUUAGGCACAGGCACAAUUCACGGUAACAACAGGCUUCCGUCACCGGGAUGAUUAUAGUGUCUCUCAGACCCAUCAAGCCUUUGAAGUGAGAGGCCUGUAAAACUUCUUUGGGAGGGUGUCUGUGGUUCUCCUCAGUUAAUACUGAUGUGUGGAACAUGACUGAUAGCUUUGAGAUUGUUCAAGGUAAGAGCAAGUAUAAAUUUCUAUAAAAUAUGUGGCCUACUUUUACUUGAAAUAUGAAUUCACAGAUGAAAGCAACAUAAAUGCAGAUAGCUCACAUCUUCUGUGCUGUAACUCCUUUCAGGUUCCAAAUAUAACAUUUCUAGUUAAGUUGCUUAUUCUGAUUGCUGAAGAGGUGACCAACUAACUAAAAUACUGAUGUGCAAUCUACACUGUUUUGAGGGAGAGGAGUGACUGUUUUGUAUUUCUCUUUAAGCUGUGUUUAUGCACAAGAGCACUGAUUGCAUCCAGAGGAUGGUCCUAGUACCAAUAACUAUAUGCUAUUUUAUGGCAGCACCUUGUAGUUGCAGGUCAUAGGAGAAUUUUAGGAGGGAAAUGAGAUCCUGUAGCAUUCAGGAUGCAUGCAUUUGGAAAAUUGUGAAAUGCAUCCAUAUAUUUAGCAAUUGCUGCAAGUUAGGGAAGAGAUCUUUCAAAUAAUUUGAAAGAAAUGUAUCUACAGAGAUAGACUUCUCAUUUUAUGAUUUUAAAGUAAGUGAGAUUGUUCAAGUAUUGUUUAAAUUUGAUUUGAAGAUAUGGUGCACUCGGGAACAGAAGCAGUAAUGCUAUGGUAUGCGGAUACUUCAGAUUUGUUUAGCCAUCAGUACACAGAAGAAGUCUAGCCAUUGCAAACUGUCAGCCUUUCCAGGUGUGGUGCUCACAGCAGCAUUUAUUUGCAGCUUAAACAUGAGGAAAGACAGUUUGGAAAAAGAAGAAAACAGCUGCCUCAAAUGUAAAUGCAGCCCUCAAGCUGCUGAUUGUAGCUGGCCCCAAACUGUCAAAGUCCUGGAAGAAACACUGUAUGCCCGAAAUAGAGAGGCAAAGGUUGGAUUGCUAAACUAGAACAGAUUGGUAGGGUUGUAUCAUUCAGUGUCUGACUGCAUGUCAGUGGUCUGAGUUUGAGGUGUCUAAUGGGAACUAGGCUGCUGUUGGGGCUAAGAACUUCUGUGCCUUUUACAGCCCUCGUUGAGUAACUAAUAUUCAGAUGUUCUGGGGAAAGAUAACAGUCCUUACACAGGAUUCCUUCAACAAAAGUUUUAUUAAUAAUAAAUGAUCAUCGCUACCUCUCAAUUAAAUUCUGUCUUGGGUGUUCUCCAAAGGUUUCCACUGUAAGAGUAUUUCAUUACUAAUUUAUCAUUCUGAAUUUCUUUAAUUCUUCCUACAACCAUAUCUUUUCUAUGCAACAAACUAUGAACAACCUGGUAGGUUGGACAGACGUAUUUCACCAGGAGAAUGUGAUGCUAAUAUGUGUUUCUUCAAAAGGCUGAAGUUUCUUCCCAGAAUUUUUUUUUUUGAAUACCAGAUAGUUCUGAACGUAUUUUAGGUGUAGUGCACAGGUGACAUUAACUAAUGUGGGCUUAACUUUUCAUUGUAGUUAUACUGAUUUCCCCAACUAAUGACUUGCUUCGGUUUUUUUCAAUUAAUUAUUUUAUGGCUGAGAGGGCUUUAAUCAACAUGCCUUGAAAGAUGUUUGUAUUGUAAGAGUUCAUCAGCACCUACUCUAAAUUUUUUCCAGUUAAAGUUAUCUGACUUCUUUUUAUGGCCAGCAAACUACUAUGAUAUGAGAGAGCUACUGGAAAAGCUGGAAUAAACUCCAAGUCCAACUAAAACUGUAAAAUCACACAGUCCCUGCAUGUAUUCUGGAAUCUAAACUAAACAGAGGCCUUGAGGAACAGGGCUUGAAGGAGAGAGGAGGAGCUGGGAAAAAAAGUAUUUCAUGUGUGGGAGAGUAGCCCUGUUGCAGAGGCAUGACAAGGCUUCGCUUUUCACUGGCCACAGUCUUAUUUCAGAAAAAUGAGAUUACUUUAGAACAAAUGUUUCUGCAACAGUAUGGAUAUUUUCAUGAUAAUAAUGCAUUAUUCCUGGGCUUUAUCUGUUUAUGAAUGGUCUGUAGCUGCUGAACUAAGUCUGCCUCACGAUAUAGACUAAGUCUGAAAGGAAGCUGACAAGCACUUAACAACCUUUAAUUACUGGCAAUUUACCAGGCAUCAGUGUCUCCAUGACCUCAGUGAAAUCGGAUGCCACAGAAGAUCAUAGAAGAAUAGUAUAUAAAUAGCUUGGCCAAAUUGAUUAGAUGGGUUGCACUUCUGCAGGAGUGGAUGUUACCUUUGUUUUUAAAAAAAAAUCAUGAUCACAAUUCAUUUGCAUUUUUAAUGAUAACUUCUGCAAGGGAGUGAGUGAGGGGGACCAUUUUAACCUACCCAGAUGGAUUGAGGGUGGAGCAUUUUAGGAAGGCAGCACUGGGAGGCUUUCAGUGUGGCUGACACCAGGGGUCCAUCCAUUUUCUAUUUAAAAAGCAUCUGUAAUGCUGUUAACCUAGCAUUUUUUAAGAACGCAGGAUGUACAGUUAAAAAAAAAAAAAAGAUUUUAUUUUUCUUUUUAAUCUAUCAAGAUUGUUCGUGAAUUAAUUUCAAAACCCUUGAAAACAAAACAGGCUGAUCAGAAGUAACUUUUAUUAUAGCUGGUAUUAGUAUUAAAAUGUUCUUUAAUUCAUUUGUUUAACCCCCUUCCAAAUCUGUUUCAUAUCCUCUUAGGAAGAGCACAAGGGUCCAAGAGUGCUUUUACAUAAUGUUUUCAGGAUCUUGCCCUGUCUGAAAGAAAGUUUUGAAAGGCCUUUGAAAAAUUAGCAAAUAUAAACCAAAAGGUAACAAGGAAAAAUACCUGGCUAUUAUGUCUAGUCUACCAAAAUAUUUUGCUAAACUUAUGCAAAAAUAAUAUAUUUUGAUGGGAAAUUUUUAGAUUAAUAAGUAAUAUAGCUUAGUGAGUCUUUAGUGUGUAGUGCUUUCUAUUGAAGAUUUUUAAUUAAAAAAAAAAAGUGAAUUUGUGUGGUUAGUUGCUGAUAGGGUUUUUUAACCACAUCUAAUACAUAAACCUGUCCUGGGGUCUCCUGUAAUCUCAUGUUUCCUUGUCAUAAUUCCUAAUGCACUGGAUUUAAGAAAAUGUGAACAUAGGAAAAAAACCUCUAAAAAGUAAGAAACCUGCGUAAAAACAAACAGUGAGAAUGUGUAGCUAGAGAUGUUGAGAAAAAUGCAUCACAUUUCCAAAGACUUCAGCUGCAUUCAGAAAAUACAUUUGCUUUGUGUGGUGGCUUUCUAUUCUUUCAGUGUAUCAUUAAUAUCAGUGGUACUACUCCCGAGGCAGGCCUUCUGAAAAUGGUGUUUCUAGCAUUUGGCACAAUAGAUGGACAGCUUAGUGCUAGAGGGAAAAAAUCUAGGAACCGCUCCUGAAAAAAUUGAAUUCAGACAUUGCAAUCUGAUAUGUUUUCUAGAUUCCUGUUAUCUUAGAAUUUUUUUACAGGACCAUGGUAGUGCAGUGGCCCUUAUGAAAACAAUGCAGACAACAGGGGAACAGAGAGGACACAGGUGGUUUACCUGAAGGUCUGGUUACCACAGCAGUGUCAAGGUUAAUUAUACACAAGGAGAAGUUUGUUUAUUUUGUGUGGCCACUGUGGUAAGUGCCCAGCUUAACAGAACAGAUGAAUGAGAAGGCGUCUUGCAAAGUGGGCCAGCAGAAAAGCUUGUACUCAAUAGAAGAUGUAGAAAAAGUCCCAAUGGUCCAUUUUGGAGAAGCAGAUGAACAGGGUGUUGAGAUGAAUAUCAUAGACAGUGUAAGGAAUGUGAUUGGAGCUGCAAGUGAGCUAAGUCUGGUAAGUGAGGCUGCUAUCUAAAAGAUAUUAAGACAUAGGAAAGGAAAACUUGGUCCUCAUUAACCUUAGCCCUCAUUAACCUUGGCAGGAUCCCUAACGCUUUGUCAAAGUAUUAGUUGAUUUAAUUAAGUUAAUCCUUCAUCUCUCCCAGUAAAUGACUCAACCUGGAAGAAACCACAGUUCAAGAAAAUUUCUCUUUAUCAGUCCAGAGCAUCUAAUCGGCAAAAUAUGCCACUAGCCACAGUUUAGUCAAAAACCCCAACUGGCACUAGAAAUAAAACAAUAUUAUCAGCCCAAAAGAUCAGUAGGCCUCUGGCAUCCCUCUGUGAAAAAAGAUUUCACUUGCCUAAAGGAGUGAUUGAUGGUAAUGAUCCUAGAUUAAGAAGAUCAGGAAUUGUGAGCUUUCAAGGAGGUGAAAGGCCAAAUGGUGAGAUUAGGACUUGGCAGUUUAAUUGAGAGAGGAAGGAGGAAAUAGGUGGUAAAAGGGAAGAAACAGGAAUCGGAUUUAAUUCUGUAUAUGAAGGAAGUAUGACCUACAAAGGUCAGUCACUAAUUUUGGAUACCUCUUCAUAGCAGAGCUUGCAUGUUUAUUUCCUUCACAAAUAUUCAGGAAUUGAGAGGCAAUCAAGUCCUCUUGCAAGGACUUAAAUUUAGAAUAGAAACUGGAUAAUCUGAAGUGUAUUGAUUGUGAAAUACAUGAUGGCAACUAGAGACAAGCUUUGCUGGACCCCAAGCUUGUUCUGAGUUUUCCACCACAGGUAUGUGUGGGCGUUCCUGUGGAUACUUUGUGGGUAGUAUGUAGAAGGAGAACAUUAUGGUCGCUGUUUUACCUCAGAUUAAUCUCUCUAUAUAUCUCAGGCUUUUUUGAAAGAGGAAAAGUGUUUAGCUAAAUUUUUCAGGAAAUGUCAGAAAACUCAGAUCAAUGUGAAAUAGCUCUACCUGCUCCCUGUGUGGAUCAAGGUAACAAGUGUUUCUCUUCAGACAUCAAAUACAGCUCUGAAAAAAAAUAGAAUGGUGUGGCUCUGCCUUCAUGGCUCCUUGCAGCAUUCACCUUUUUUUAUGCAUUUCAAUCAGUUAUUUUAUUUAUUUUUUUCUAUUUGGUGUUUCUUCCCUUCUACUGGCUUCCCAUCUGCAGGAUUCUGCCAUAAUGCUGUUUCUCUUUCUUCCCACCUUUCUGGUUUGUGCCAAAGGUGUUUCUGCUGUUGCAGAUCCCUUCCUCAAGAUAAAAGUGACUAAAACUGCUUUGAUCUUGACUUGGCAGAGCCACAAGCCUUUCUGCCUCAGGGUACAUGGUUUACAGUGGCUUCUGCUAGCAGUGGGAUAGGGAAGAGAAAUGCACCUGACAAGUUCUGUCUUUAUGGGACAGUCUUACUACAGAUUUUGUUCAUGGAAGAGUUAUAGCUCAUAGCACAGUCAGUCAAAUGUCUUUGAGGGAGAAAAUUGCAUUGGUGAUCUACUUUCUCACCCAACUUCAAUAUUCAGCGCUAUCCAGAGAGGGAAGUAUGUAAGAACAGGAAGCAUCUUAGUCAGUGGAUAUACUUUGUACUAAUGUUUAGAAGCAGCCAAACUUAGUCUGGACAUCAAGUUUUCAUCUUUUGAUUAUCUGUAUUGAGCUAACAUAGAUACAAGAAACUGAGUAGAAUUAUAUUAAAGUGUGGUUUGUGAAAGCCACCAAGGGAUUAUAAUAACUUUAACUGAAGGCAUUAUUGCAAAUCUGAAAUGGAUGCAUAAUCUGUGAUGAAUGCAUGAUACAGGUUAACCUCUAGUCAGGCUGCAAAGAGUAAGAGGGGCUUUUUUUUUUACAAAAACACAAAGAGAGAGAGAUUAUUCAACAUGCAACAGCUUUUGCUUACAGAUGUACAGCACUACAGUUUAUUCUCAAGCAUGUCAGCAAAGUUAAUAUCUAUAAUGAUUCCCAUUGUCAAAGCAACAUUCACAGAGAUGGCAGUAAAACAUCACCUUAUUCUAUUAGACAGGAAUCCUUUCAUGGGUUUCCUAUUUGUUUUUAUGCAUGUCCAGAGUCAUUUAUUUGUACCCAGAACAUACGGAUAGAAGUUGUACCAUGUCCCUUCACUAAACAAGUUCCUAGGCAAGCAGAGUACCAGGGUAAAGGCUCACAAAUGCACUUUUAAAAGAAUUGCCAGCCAAAGAAGGGGUAUUUCAUACAAAAAAAAACUCCCCCUAAAUGGACAUGAGCUAGCAAUGUGUGGUCGCAAUGUGCACUUGCAGCCCAGAAAGCCAGUGGUAUCCUGGGUUGCACCAAAAGCAGCAUGGCCAGCAGGUCAAAGGAGGCGAUUCUCCCCCUCUCCUCCACUCUUGUGAGACUCCACUUAGAGUGCUGCAUCCAGCUCUGGGGCCCCCAGCACAGGAAGGACGUGGACCUGUUGGAGCGAGUCCAGAGGAGAACCACCAGGACAAUUAGGGGGAUGGAGCACCUCUCCAAUGAGGAAAGGCUCAGACAAUUGUGUUUGUGCAGCCUGGAAAAGAGAAGGCUAAAUUCUUUGCUGUGAUGCUGGUGAGGCACUGGAACAGGUUGCCCAGAGAAGUUGUGCAUGUCCCAUCCUUGAAAAUGUUUAAGGCGGAGUUGGAUGGAGUUCUGAGCAACUUGGUCUAGUGAAAGGUGUCCCUGUCCAUGGCAUAAGGGUUGGAGCUAGAUGAUCUUUAAGGUCGCUUCCAACAUAAACCGUUCUGUGAUUCUAAAACUUGUUUUCCUUUAUACCUAUGAUAUCAGCCUCCCUACUGCAGCUACUGCUCUUCAUCAAAACAUAUAAUGUUAAUCUACAACUAGAAAAGUAAUGAUGCUUCAUCAGGGCUCUGCUGCCAGUUUUUCAUACAAAUCUGCACCAUAGCUGUAUAAAUCCAUUCUUUGGGGGUUGUUCUCCACAGUUGUUGUCCUGGCAAGGGGUACAUUCCUUCCAACUUUGGCCUGACCUGCCCUUUUUCACCUCAAACUCUGUUGGCUGAAGUAGCUCAGUACUGCCCAGCUCUCCAGGUAAUGUGGUUCACGGCACAUCUCUCAACACUUCACAGCAGUCCAGUCCACAUAAACACACGCACACGAUUUACCAAGCGUUAGGUGGCAAAAUAGAAACGUGGUCCCUUCUGAGUCUCUGAGAUGCUUCUAUUUUUCAACUAGCCUUUCUGAUGGUCAGAGUAUUUUACAGGCAUCUUUGUGAAUAAACACCCUUUCCUGCAGGUAUCCUGCAAAACAUCCAUUUCUCUCACUUUUCUGAGAGUCUGGAAUUACAGCCUUCACUUGCUGUUAAACAACAUUCAGGACAAAACAUUCCCUGGCCAUUAAACUAUUAUAAAUUAUAUAUAAAGGGCCAAGAAAAGCUGAAGACAACUUUGUGUAAUCUCUGUCCAAUAUCCCAGUAGGCAAAACAGCCAGUAAUGAUCUGGGCUGAUAGGCAGCUGGUAGAGCUCAAUCAACAAAUAAAAUGGAGUUGUCUAAUUUUCUGUGAAUCAAGGUCAGAUUCUUUGGUUAUUGUAAUUUAGGAAAUAUAGCUCUCUGAAAAAAUGGUUAAAAUAUUUUCAGCUGUGUGUAUUUGAAGUAUUCUACGAUAGACUACAAUUAGUAAUAUAUAAAUUAUAAUAAGUAAAGGAAAAUAUAAAUUUCUGUGCUGACUGGUCUGAGAUAGUUGGCUUAGAUGUUAUUAAACAACAGCUGUAGAAGCUUUGACCAACUUACUGAUACAUUAAAGUUUUCAGGACAUGCUUAAAGGGUUUACAGAGAGCACAUGCCUGUAAAUUUCUGGACUGUAAUUAAGAAGCUGAACUAUGGAAUAAAAAUUGUACACCUGUCCUAUUUUAUAUUUGGAUGUAUUACGUUACAGAAUACAAAGUAAAAGAUUGCUAAAGAGCAAUUUCAAAAAAAUUACCAUGAUGUGAAUGAAUAAAUACCUCUCAGAAGCUACAGCAUUAA